UGUGAGAGCGAGAGAGAGGGAGGGAGAGAGAGCGACAGAAAGGAUUCAAGGCGCUGAAUAAACAGUCACUCUCGGAGUCACGCUGUUAUCAAUCACACCUCUUUUUCCAGGAUAAAGUAGAUGUGAGAAGUGUGCACAUAUUGACAGAUGAGAAUAUUUGCAUCGAAAAGCCUUGUAGAUACAAGCUGACUGAUUUUUUUUUUUUUGUGGGUGGAUAUCAGUUUGUUGGCCAACGGUCCAGCUGGAGAAACAAGAGACAGUGUCUCCUCUUUAUGCCCUUCGCCUGUGCUCUCCUGCCAGACAGUGUCUGUCCCUGUCUGCUCAUCCCCCCGUUCUCACCGUCUUCCUGCCUGCCCUUUCCUCGUCCCCACAUUACAGAAAACAGCCUCCUUCCCUGCUAUUUCCUUGUCCUCCCCAAAGAGAUACGGUCACCCUGCCUGCCCUUUCCCUGUCCUCUCCUCUCAGACAAAGGGGAGCCUAGGUCUGGAACUUGAUAUUGCUUAAACAAUAGUGCAGAUAAGUUGCCAUGGAAACUAUUUUGCUCUUCCUCUCUUCGCUCCUGGUGUGUGUGGCUGCUGUAACAGACCCCAAUGCGCAGGAUGGCAAAGAUGGCAAGAAAGUUGAAAACCCAUUUGUUUAUGACUAUGAUAGUCUCAGGAUUGGGGGAUUGGCCUUUGCUGUGGUGUUGUUCACACUGGGCAUUCUUCUCAUCCUCAGUCGGCGAUGCCGCUGCAGUAUCAACCAGAAGCCCAGGGCCCCUGGAGACGAGGAAGCACAGGAGGAGAACCUGAUUGUCUCCAAGGCUGCAGCAGCUGCCAAAGAGACUCCAGCAGAGAACUGAGACAACUCCACGGGACCUGACUGCCCUCUGAAAUAAUGAUCAGUUUUAUUUGAUAUUAAGCCACCAUAACAAUGGAUAACUUGAUAUUACUGGUUAUAUGACAGGGUGAGAGGGGAGGUAUACAUUUAGAGGUUUAAUAUGUACAUAUAUCUUGUGCCCUGAAGACAAACCUUUAUCCUGUUGUGCUCCGUUGUGACUGUGCCAGUCCUUCAGUUCUCUUGUUCGUCCCUGUGCCUUUCCGUGACAGUCUUUCACUCCAGUUCUUUGUCUUAGCCAGUAGCACCUUUGACACAAGAUUGUCUUUUAAGCCCUAGAAGAAUUUUUAAUGUGGUGUGGUUGGCUGUUCUUUGUUUUGUGCUUCUAUUGCCUUUAGGUUUUAGGAUUUGUCAAUUUGUUGUUUAUUGACAUUUUGUCAAUUGUCCUGGAUAAUGUUUGUCACAUUUGGAUUAUAAUAUAUAUCCAUAUAUACAGUAUAUAUAUAUAAGUAUUUAUAAGUAAAGAUAGUUUAUGGAUAAGAUAUACAGUUAAAUAUCCUUCAUUUAGGUCCAUGUUUGAACGGUUGGGUGUGUUGCGUGCACAUGUGGAUAUAUCUGUGUGCAUAUCCUGUAUAAGUGUGAUUGAGUGUAUAUCACGAAGUACAUGUGCAUCUCUACAUGUAAAUGUGAUGAGCCUUAUAUAAGACAAUCUCAACUGCCACAGCUCUCUGACUGAGCACAGGAAUGGUUUGCAGGUAUCUGCACGAGCUCCUUCACUGCAGCGUUUUAUCGUCUAUAGUUGAGGGAGCUCCUGCAUCAGCUGUCUCACUGCCUUCUUCUCCACACCCACUCCACUGCUCCGUCACUGGCUCCGCCAGGAUUAACUAGUCUCUAGCAGACUAUGAUUAGUCUCUCUAUACACACUAGUGCCGCAAAUCUGUGAAGCUUGGGUCUCUUUACUUUUUCUUUUGUGUUUGUUUAUUAAAUUGUUUAAUAAGUCUCUCUAAUGUCACAAUGCUUUGAAUGAUCAUACAUGUCAUACAUUUCUGAAGAAGAGAAGACAAUGUUUGGGUGCUGAGUUUGAGAGAAGUGCAACUUAAAAAUGUUAUUAUUUAUUUGACUACAUUAAUUGUAGCCUAAUGUAAGCCAAGUCAUAGCAAGAGAGCAAAUGAACAGUCCUUGUUGUGAAUCUCCUGUUAGGUCAGGCUUUCACCAGUUUUAGGUCUGAGUAUACUUGUUUUAAAGAUGGCCGCUGUACCAGUAAACGCUAUGUUCAAUCAACGCAUGAGAGCUUGUUGUGUAGCAAACUGUUGUGCUUUUGGCAUAAAUAAAUAAAAGUAUGUCUGAACACACAAA